AUGAAGGAAAGGAUAAGUGAGUUAGAGGAACAAUUAAGCACUAGUCAGGAGAAUAACAGAGAAUUACAAAAAGAAUUAGCCAGCGGCUAUGAAACUUUACUCCAAGAGGAAGAAGGUAAUUGGCAAGAUAAAGUUAUUGACUUAGACAACUUAUUAUCAGAAAAAGACCAAGUAAUUAACCAGCAAAGUAACUUCUUAACUGCUCUAACCAAUAAAAAAAACAAAGCCACCCAAAAAAUCAAGGAGUUAGUACAAGAGCAAAAAAACCAUAAAUGCCCGUCUCCGGAUAAUAGCAAACUGGAAAGAGUUAAAAAAGACCGUGAUAAGUGGCAAAGCGAAUUAACCAGAUUACAGCAGGAAAACCAAGAAAAAGAGCAAAAAAUAGGAGAAUUAGAGCAAGAAAUUAGAGAACUAAAAAAUAAGCCUCCUGUUAUUCAGACAAGCAAAAACCAAACCUUACUAACUGAAAUCAACCAACAAAAAGCCACUAUUCAGCAACUCCAAACUCAACUACAACAAGCCCAAGAACCUCAAAUAAUAGUUAAAGAAAUACCCAAGGCUGACCUGACAGUUAUUCAGCAAUUAGAAACUAAAUUAAGAAAUAAAGAACAAAUUAUUACUCAGUUUAGUCUGGCUUGGCUGUUACUUCUAGGAAUAAAUAUUUCUACUACUACUCUUUCUCCUACUAAUAUUUUAGCUUUUCUUUUUCCGCUUGCUGUGCGGAAACGAGCCGCCGUGUCGGCCAUAAUUAUUUGUCCAUUAUCGCACUCUACCUGA